AUGCCGGAUUCUUCUGACAGCGGCGAACCUCCGCUGUAUUGGCUAACGGACCCGUCUGUAACAGUUGAGGCUCGGCACUGCUCACCCUACCCCUUCCGCCCCUCUCGCCUGUUUACAAAAUGGCGCCGGGCUUUCACUGUUACAGAUUCCACACAAGAACAUCAUGAGAUCCCUCAGGAGGAUCAGGUUAAAAAUGAAGUAAAAGAGGAAGCUGAAGUGCCAUACAUGUGGGUGGAUGUACCGUGUAAGGAGGAGGAAAGUUCUCCAGGGAUCAGCACAGACCCCGGAGACACUCAGAGAGACGUUAAAUCUGACGAAGUAGAACAUGUGAGGAUUAAAGAGGAGGGAAUACCUACAGAGGUCAACACAGGUGGACAACAGAAUCGAAAUAACCUGAAGGGUCAAUGCAAUGUCUCUCCAGAUUGUGACAUGGAAGAAAAUGACAUAAAAUCUGAGUCUUCACAAGACAACAACAUUACUACAAACCUCCUUCCCAUCACACAUCAUACAGCUGGUGACAGGGGUGAAAGCUUCAAGUGUUCUAAAUGUGGCGAAUGCUUUGCCCAGAGAGACAAAUUUUUCUCCCACCGGCAAGGCCACAAAGGGGAGAAGCCAUAUACAUGUUCCGAAUGCGGGAAAUGUUUUCCUCAGAAGAACCAACUCACUAGACACCAGACGAUUCACUCGGACGAGAAGCCUUUUUUAUGUUCAGCGUGCGGGAAACGUUUUUCCCAAAGUGGACAUCUUUUACUACAUCAGAUGACUCACACAGGAGAGAAACCUUAUGCGUGCUCAGAAUGCGGGAAAUGUUUUUCCCGGCGGGGAACUCUAAUAUCCCACCAGAAGACUCACACAGGGGAGAAGCCGUAUUUAUGUGCUGAGUGCGGGAAACGUUUUAUCGAAAGAUCGACGCUUGUUGCGCAUCAGAAAACUCACUCUGGCCUGAAGCCGUUUUCCUGUUCGGAAUGUGGGGAGCGCUUUUCCCGGAAGUCCAAUCUUAACACGCACCUAAAUAUUCAUAAAGAGGAGAAGCCCUUUUCAUGCCCCGAAUGUGGAAAGUGCUUCGGCGCAAGGUCCAAGCUUGUUAUACACAAGAUAAUUCACUCUGGGGAGAAGCCGUUCACCUGUUCCCAGUGCGGAGAAAAAUUUACCUGGAAGUCUUCUUUUAUCAGACAUAAGAGGGUUCAUACAGGACCUGAAACCUUCUCAUGUUCUGAAUGUGGUGAAUCUUUUGACCAGAGAGCACAACUCAUUUCCCACCAGAAAGGUCACGGAGGAGAAAAGCCUUCUUCAACUUCUGAAUGUGGGGAAGGUUCUCAAAAAGAUCUACUCACUAGGCACCAGAGGACUUCCUCAGCCGAGAAGCUUUUUCUGUGUUCAGAAUGUGGGAAAAGUUUUUCCCAUAAACAUAUCCUCACUAGGCACCAGAGGACUCACUCAGCUGUGAAGCCUUUUUUAUGUCAGGAGUGCGGGAAGCGGUUUCCUCAGAAACAUCAACUCUCUAUACACCAGAGGACUCACUUAGCUGAAAAGCCUUUUUUAUGUUUGGAAUGCGGGAAGCGUUUCUGUCAGAAAAAGCAGCUCGCUAAACACCAAAGAACUCACACCGGGGAGAAGCCUUUCGAAUGUUCCGAGUGCGGGAAACGGUUCUCCCAGAGUGGACAUUUUUACCUUCAUCAGAGGAUUCACACGGGAGAGAAACCUUAUUCAUGUUCGGAAUGCGGGAAAUGUUUUUCUCAAAGAAGAUAUCUCACCUCCCAUCAGAUGACUCACACGGGGGAGAAACCUUUUUCAUGUUCGGAAUGUGGGGAACAUUUUUCCCAGAAAUCAUCUCUUAUUGCACAUAAAAAAGUUCACACCGGGGAGAAGCCGUUUGCCUGCCCUGAGUGUGGGAAGUGUUUUACUGGAAAGUCAACCCUUGUUAAGCACCAGAGAACUCACACCGCAGAGAGGCCGUUUUCCUGUUCCCAGUGCGGCGAUGCGUUUCCUUGGAAGUGGUCACUUAUCAACCACGAGAGGAUUCAUACAGGAGAGAAACCUUAUUCUUGCUUGGAAUGUGGGAAGACUUUUGUUGGAAGCUCUAAUCUUGCUGCACACCAGAGAACUCAUACGGGGGAGAAGCCAUUUUCUUGUUCUGAAUGUGGUAAAUAUUUUUCCCGGAAGUCGAACCUUAAAAGGCAUGAAAAGGUUCAUACAGGUGAGGAGCCAUUUUUAUGUACUUAA